UGCAGAUGAUUGCUGAUUCUUUCAGCUGUACUGAUUGUGUAUCAAAGCUAGCAAGCAGUGGCAUAUGGUAGGAAAUGUGUAUUCUUCAAAGGGAAACUGUUGAAGUCACAUGGCCACCAUGAGCUGAGAGAGGAAAACUCUAUUUAUGUCGAGAGCAAUGACGACAAAGCCAAAAAUAUCUUUGGCUGAACUUAUCUUAACUUCCAUCUCAGAAAUCAUAGAUUCUAAAGCGUGCACGGAAGAAGAACAUGGAAAAUUAAUUGAGAUUGGAAGCUACUUUUAUCGAGCAGCUUUGGCUGUUGCGGAGUUGCAGGCAAUAGACCCAAUAAAAUUUGAUGAAAUCCUCCAAUCUCUAAACAAAAGCAUCAAUCAUGCAAAGGAACUAGUGGAGAAGUUCCAAAAUGGCAUUCAACCAGUCUCAGAUUCUGAUCCAAUUAGCAUCAUAAAUCCACUAGAAGAGGUGAUAAAACAAAUGGGUGAAUGCUUAAACAAGAUAGCAAUCGCUACAUUUGAGGAACAGAGUUAUGUGAAAAUGGCAAUUCUAUCACUUUCAGAUGAGAUGAAGAAUAUAUCCACUAAAAUUGUCCAAGCUCAAGCCAUUAUGAACAAACAAGAGAUUCAAACUUCUUUGGAGGAACAAUCAGAAAAAGAACCAGAAGUUAUAGAGAGAGAUCUAUACCCCAUUGACAUGGACUGGGACACAAACAAUACACAAUCCUCAGUUGUAUCGGAGUCAAAUACAAACGGAAGAAGAAGCCAAAUGAAGUAUAGAAAUGUUACAUCAUCCAUGGAAAAACUACCCUUAAUGAACCAUUACAUAGAACCUCUCUUUGAAACCUUCAUCUGCCCAUUGACAAAGAAUAUCAUGGAUGAUCCAGUUAGCUUAGAAACAGGAGUGUCAUAUGAAAGGCAAGCAAUUGUUGAGUGGCUUGAAGAGUUCAAAGAAUCCGAGGAAAUUUUCUGCCCAGUCACGGGGCAAAAGCUUGUCUCCAAAGCUUUCAAUUCCAACAGAGCUCUGAAGUCUACAAUAGAAAAAUGGAAGGAGCGCAAUGAGAUAGCAACAAUCAAAGUCACCAGGGCUGCACUGUCUUUAGCCAGUUCAGAUGAUAUGGUGCUUGAGGCAAUCAAAGACCUGUCGAGUAUCAGCAAAGGGAAGCAGUUCAACAUAGAACGGAUCUUCAAUUUUGGCAUGUUACCUUUGCUCAUUAACUUUUUGGAGUACAGAGACAGAGAUGUUAGAUAUGCAGUUCUAGAGCUAUUGCAUCAAAUGGCAGAAAUCAAUGAAGAAAACAAGGUAACGAUCUGUAACCAAUUGGACGUGUCAAGAAUAAUCAAUCUACUAUCAAGUAGUCAUAGGUCCAUUCGGGAUACAGCUUUGCUUCUGUUGUUUGAGCUUUCAAGAUCCGAGACAUUGUCAGAUCCAAUUGGUUCAGUAACUGGGGGGAUUUUGAUGCUGAUUAUCAUGAAGAACAAUAGGUCCGACGAAUUUGCUUCAGAAAAGGCAGAUGAAACGUUGAGAAACUUAGAGAAAUCUCCAAAAAAUAUCAAGCUUAUGGCAGAAGGUGGACUCAUGGAACCCCUCAUAAGGCAUCUUACUGAAGGUAGUGAGUGGAUGAGAAUAGAAAUGGCAAGCUAUCUUGGGGAGAUUGUCAUUAGGCAUGAUUGUUUGUCGUAUGUAGCUGAGAGGGCCUCUCCAGUUCUUGUCAAGAUGGUGCAUGAAGGAGAUACAUUUGUUCGCAGGGCAGCAUUUAAAGCUCUAUUGCAAAUUUCAUCUCACAUGCCUAAUGGUAAAACACUUGCAAAAGCUGGAGCUGUGCAAGUCAUGGCUGAAGAGAUGUUCACUCGUACUAUUUGUGAUGAACUUAAUGACCCAAAAGCAGAAGCAACUAAAAUACUGGCAAAUAUAUGCGAAUCCAGUCUUGAUCUUGAGACACUUCAAGUUAACGCUCAUGGCUACACUAUGAGUUCAGACUAUGUAGUCUACAACAUUAUCGACUUGCUCAAGAACUCGACCCCAGAUGAAUUUAAAUUUAGCACGAGUCUCAUCAGAAUACUAUUAUGCUUGACAAAAUCUCCAAAACCAAAGGACACCCUUAUUUCAGGUGUAAAAAACACUGAAGCAUGUGAUACCCUCAUAGAUUUCAUAAAUAGUCCAGAUGAAGAACUUGGAGCUGCAGCAAUAAAACUGCUCAUAUCACUGUCCCCUUGCAUGGGCUUCACAAUGGCAGAAAGACUCUGCAAAACCAGUGACCAAAUGGAGAACCUAAUCAGUAGCAUUACCUUGACAAACCACAUCACAGAGAAGCAGACACUUUCAGCAACAUUCUUGGCAAAACUACCUCAUGAGAGCCUAGCUCUCAACACCAUUAUUGUAAACAAGAACAUCGUGCCCAAGCUCCUGCAAACAAUCAAUCAAAUACAGAACAGUGGAACAGGAAUGGGCAGGUAUGCAAGUGCUUUACUAGAGGGUUCAGUGGGAAUUCUUGUCAGAUUCACAGCAACACUUUACGACCCACAAAUGUUGUUUCUAGCAAAAUUUCACAAUUUUACGUCAGUGUUUGCUAACCUGCUCGUGCAAACAUCAAGCAAUGAAGUCCAAAGGCUAUCCGCCAUUGGGUUGGAGAAACUAUCAUCAGCAUCCACCAGUCUAUCCAAGCCCCUGAACAAUAAAAGCAACAAGGUAAUGAAAUUUCUCCACUUACCCAAGCUUCUAACGCUAGGUCCAUCAAAGAAGGGUAACUUACGAGUAUGCCCAGUUCAUAAAGGGGCUUGCUCUUCACAAAACACAUUCUGUUUAGUCCAUGCGAAGGCAAUUGAAAAGCUAUUGACGUGUUUAGACAAUGAGAACGAAGAGAUAGUUGAGGCAGCUUUGUCCGCCAUUUGUACGCUUGUGGAUGACAAAGUGGAUCUGGAUAGAAGUGUGAGCCUGCUGAACGAAUUUGACACAAUAAGGCAUGUCCUGAAUGUGGUGAGGAUCCAUAAGCAAGAAUCUGUAUGGCAUAAAUCAUUCUGGUUGAUCGAGAAGUUCUUGAUCAAGGGUGGGGAAGAAUCUCUUUCCAGUAUAUCACAGGACAGAUCGUUGCCUGCAAUAUUGGCUACUGCUUCCCAUCAAGGCGACAGCGAGAUGAAGGGAAUAGCAGAAAAAAUAUUGAGCCAUUUGAAUAUGGUACCAAAUUUCUCUGCCCCUAAUUAUACUCUAUGAUCUUACCCUGUUCGUAACUUCUCGGAAUUUGCUGCUGGCUGCGUUUGUGAAGCUGAUUAACGUCGGUCAAUAGCUCCGGCAUACACUGCUCCGACAAGAUGGAAUUCAAUUCAUGAGAAAACCUUGUAAAUUCCUAGAACGAUUAGCAAAGGAAAUGCAUACAGGAUUAAGAUCAAAUAAAAG